CGCCCAUAUUUUAAUGAGCCCCACCUCUCUGCAGCACAGCUCAGUAAUUAAAAAUGGCUGACUUGAGAGAGGAGAAUUCGCACGAUCUUAAUAAUCCCCCGCCUGCUUAUGACCUGUACAUGGAGUCCAGUAGACCCCCGCCUUAUAAUCCUAACAUCCCGAGCGGGCAGGGGGGAGAAAGAAGCGGUGGUACUCUACGCAAUACACUGUUGGCUAUUGAGAGUAUGUUUCUCAGUCAAGAGGAAUUGCCUAAUCAGUUUCGUACCGGGACAUUCAGACCACGCAUAGAACCAAAUGAUUAUCAGCUCAUUACUGAGGAUGAAGAUGUUGAGAUAAUCCAUGAUGAUACUCCUAUGACGAGGGGAAGGAGAGCACGUAGGACAGCUCAAGCAUUUGGGAACACUCUCACUCUCAGAGGAAACAGGCGUCCUGUAAGGCGCAGAAAUCGAGAGGGUGAGCCAUCAAGAUCAGAAGUGAUGGAGUCCUUACCAACAUUCUGGCCAAUAUGCACUAUACUGAUAACACUAGUCCAGAUAAUACUCUUUGUUGCAGUUUGUAUCUACUUUGGGUUAGCUCCGAUUCGGUUUACUCCUAAAAGGGAGCUCGAUUGUGUCCAGGGUUUUGCCGAUACCACUUGUACUAAUGUUGCUAAAGACGUUCAGCCUAAUUUCUUUAUUGGUCCUUCCAUUGAUGCCUUGAUACAUGUUGGGGCCCAGUACACUCCUUGUAUGCGUAAUAAUGUUCAGUUUAGAGUUGAAGCUGCUAAAAGGCGUAAUGAUGAGCUAAGACUCCGUUGCUGUUAUGCUGGCUCUUGUGGCUACAGUGAAUGUGGCAUGCUCCCACUCUCAAGUUGUCUUGAAGAGGGUGAUGGUUGCUCAAACGAGGUUCUAGGAGGUCCAAGCACGUGUCUCAACGAGUCCUUAAACUCUGGUGGCCUGUGUGACGUUACCCUUCAUCCUUGCUGCAUUGGGAUAUCAGGUGACUGCAUUAUCACUACAGAGCAGAACUGUACCUUUCAGAAUGGAUACUAUCAUCCAGACAAGGCUGUGUGCAGUGAUCUUGGUGAGGCUUGUUUCUCUGGAAUAUGUUCCUUUAGCUGGUCCAUAACAUGUACAUUAUAUAUCUGGUUAAGAGUCAUAUUAAUCUACGUUAUCUCUGGUGUUGGUGGCCUCCUAAUUAGUGGUAUAUUUAUACCAGAAACAGUUUCAGUCGGUGCAUCUGGCUCCCUUUUUGGUCUUCUAGGUGUACAGCUGGUCGAACUCCUUCAAGGCUGGAAAUGGGUCAAAAACCCUUGUGUCCAACUAACAAAGCUACUGAUAUUCGAUAUCAUAUUACUAGUCCUAGGGACUCUCCCUUACAUUGAUAACUAUGCCAAUAUCGGUGGCUUUCUAUUCGGUACCGUAUCAGCAUUUGUCUUUGUACCAUACAUCUCGGUCGGGAAAUGGGACAAAGUCAAAAAGUUCACAAUAGUCACUCUAUUCUUUCCUGUAUUGGUCUUCAUGUUCCUGGUUGCCAUUUUCUUUUUUUAUGUCCUCCCCGACCCUAAUUUCUGCAGCUGGUGCAGUUACAUUAAUUGCAUACCGUAUACCGAAACCUUUUGUGACGAUUUUCUGAGUAAUGUGCAGAGUUUUGUACCAACUAUCCCUGGAUAA